UACUGCUUUGCUUUCUCGCCGCUCCUCACGGGAAGUUUCUUGUGUUUUUCCAGAUCAGCGAUAUACAUCUAUGCAUAACCAUAAAAACGGGGCCGAAGGACAUUUACCAAGUCACUAAGUAUCCUUAUGUCCCGGUGGCCCUGAAAUAUUAUUUCGCUCUGAUGAUCUGUGGUCUUACGAAGGAAGCAGGGACCGGAUGAGAAGGGACGGUCAAUACGACUGUUCCCCUUAAGGCAGUGAUGGCAUCAAAGAAAAGGAAGGCCACGCUGCCUGGAAGUCCUGCAAAAAAACAGAAGCUUGAAAAAGACAGCAGUCGUAUUGCAAUCAAGAAGAGAAAUUCUGUUUCCAAAGCAAGUCAGUAUUCAGUAAAAAAUAAAAAUGCACCAAAAGUCUCUGGGAAACCAAAAAUAUCUGUAAAGAAAGCAGUUAAAACACAUUCACAGUCCUGUAAAAAUAAGGAUGUACAGAAAAGAAAAAAAAAUGAGCCGAUGAAAAUAAGUUCAGUCAGAAAUGUGCCUGCUAAGAAAACCGUAUUAAAAAUUUCAAAAGAGGUUGCCAAUUCCAAAAAGAAUUCCCGUAAAUCCACACAGACAAAUUCAAAGGCCUCUAAAAAAGCUCAGGCCAGUGUUAAUAGGCCGGUUUCCAAAGGAGCUACAGUAAAAAAUGGAAAAGCUUUUAGCAAAAGAACUAAAAGCCCUUGCAAAAUCCCAUCUUCAAGUAGACCUACAACAGGCGUAUCAAUGAAAAAGCCCAAAUCUAAUGCUGUAACUAGAAAAAGUGGUGGCAUUCCUGUGCUUAAAUCGGGUAAAAGCAUAAGAAAAGUCCCACCAAGGGGUUCAAAAUUAGAUAAUGGGAGUGGAAAAAAGAAAUUAAAAGAAAACAAUUCUUCCCUAGUGCGAGAGUCUGCGAAAAAGAAACAAAAAGAGCCAGAGAUUCGUCUGUACCUGGAUGACAAGUCUAAAAAAGUAGUCAGAAAUACACGAUCUGUUACUCAGGGUGCUGGAAAGAAAUCACAGAUUAGCAAAUUAACUGUUGUGGACCCCACAGGAAACUGCAAGUUGAAAGUAAACAAGUUGCCAACUUGCAAAGCAAACAAAAUCAAUAGCCAUCAUAAGGCAUCAAUGAAACCAUCUCCGCUUUCAGAUGCACCACAGUUCUCUAAGAAAGGUAGAUAUAGAAAGAAGAACAAAGGAGAAGAAAGUCUUGUAACCAUGGCCAAAAUUUUAAGAACAAGGACAAAAGUACAAAAGAAAGAAGCAGCACAGAAAAACAAGCAAAACGAUGUAGCUAAAGACAAGGCUGGAGGAACACCUACAUUAUCCAUAAACCCUGAAAAGAGGGUAGACACCACUGUUGCUACUUUACGUCAGAGCAAAAGUUCUAAUCAUUUAGAAGACUCAAAUGCAACAUUAAUUAAGCAGAUAUCUGCACAUGCUAAAACUCCAAAUCCAAAAGCGUCUGCGAACACAUCAAAAAAGCACAAAGUACCCCGCUCUGAACUACUUGACAAGAAGACAAAGAAUAAGCUAAAGCAGAAAACUGUACUGUCAAAUGCAAACAAAAAUAAACCAGUUGCUCCACCUGAAGAUGACCCUAAAACCAAAAGAAUAAGUAUUUUGGAUUUAUGCAAUGAAAUAGCUGGAGAGAUUGAGUCUGAUACAGUGGAAGUUAUAAAAACCUUAGCAAGCUCUUCACACAAUCAGAAAGAGGAUAAUGUCUUAGGAAAUAAUGAGAGCACACCACUUGAAACAUUAACAUCAAGUCAGACUGAAGAAAGCACAUUAAAUCCAUUCAGAAGUUUCUUUCCAAGCAGAAAAUCUUUACCCAACAAUUGUAAGUUGGAUCAGAAAAUCAGUAAAGCAGUCAAAAACUCUAAAUGGAGUAAAAUCAAAUUAAAAAAGGGCAAUAGCUUUGGUCAAAUUCAAUUACCAAGAAUUCACACAGAGCUGCCCAAUCUUGACUCUUUUAAAGCUAAAUCUAAAGUUGUACAAAUAGAACAGUCCUCUUCAAGCACAAUGCAGUCCCUAAAAAGUGUAAAUAAUGUGCCUGAUUUGCUGUUACCAAUGAACAUUCGAGAAUGUAAACCAAGAGAGAGGGAAAAGCCUAUAACUCUGCUAGAUGCAGGCCAAGGAAAAAGGUGUGAGAAGAGAGCUGCAGAAAAUGGCUUACUGGAAAACCACCUAAAGCAUGAGCUGGUAGCUGCUUUCGAUGAGGGAUUUAGGUUGCAUUUGGAUUCAAGUCCAGAAAAUUCUCCUUCAAAAAAUAAUUCUCUAAUACCGCUGGAACCAAAACACCCCAAGUUGGAAGCAGAUGACAAAGAAUCACAAGGCUCUGAUUCCAAGCAGCUGGUGCGUAACUUGUUCACAGACCAGAUGGCAGUAUCCAGUGAGAAAGGGAAUACAGUAGCAAACCAUUUGCCAGCUGCAAAAUCUAAACCUGCAGAUGCAACGUUUAACAAAGAAAUAAAAAAACUAAAAGAUGCAGAACGAGAUGGAGAUAAACAGCUCAUCAUAGACGCUGGACAGAAACGGUUUGGUGCUGUAUCCUGUAAUAUCUGUGGGAUGCUGUAUACAGUGUCAAAUCCAGAAGAUGAAACACAGCAUCUUCUCUUCCAUAACCAGUUCACCAGUGCUGUAAAAUAUGUGGGGUGGAAGAAAGAAAGAAUUGUUGCAGAGUAUCCUGACGGGAAGGUGAUAAUGGUCUUGCCAGAUGACCCCAAGUAUGCACUAAGAAAGGUGGAAGAAAUCCGAGAGAUGGUGGAUAAUGAUUUAGGCUUCCAGCAGGUACCCCUUAAGCUGCAUUCCAGGACAAAGACCUUUUUAUUUAUUACAGAUGAUAAAAAAGUAUCUGGAUGCUUAAUAGCAGAGCAUAUACAUUGGGGCUACAGAGUAAUCGAUGACAUAAUUCCAGAUGGAAGAUCGGAAAAAGACAAAGCAAUUUCUGAGAGAGUGAAAGCUUGGUGCUGCUCUACGUCCCCUGAGCCAGCAUUAUGUGGCAUCAGUCGCAUUUGGGUGUUUUCAAUGAUGCGCAGAAAGAAAAUUGCUUCUAGGAUGCUUGAGUGCUUGAGAAAUCAUUUCAUAUACGGUUCCUGCCUGGAUAAAGGUGAAAUAGCAUUCUCGGACCCCACACCAGAUGGCAAGCUAUUUGCAACACAUUAUUUUGGCACCAGUCAAUUUCUGAUAUACAAUUUUGUCAGCGGUCACGAGUUAAAGCAUUAACAUCACUGCUGAUUCUUGUUUUGGAUUAAGCCCCUAUUUGUUGAAUUAUCCUAAAUAAAAAAUGAGCUCAGGAUAUGAACACCCAAA